GGCCAGACCCGGUCUCAGCGCCUGUUCUCCAUUUCCACGGGUAUUGAUCCUCGCUCGCUCACCUUCCAAAAUUCGGACGAGUUCUAUCUAUUUAUGGAAAUGCGGGCUGAGUUCAAAUGGCUGUCAUAUCAAAUGACUUCGAAGCGCUGGGUGCUGGCGACAGAAGAGUACAACCGCCGUCUCAUCAAGAAAAAGGGCCAGUCAGUCGUCCAGAAGAACCCACAAGCCCUCCUACAUGCGCUGGGUGACAUCGAGCCGAAGCUGAUGAGCAAAAUCACCAAGAAUGACUAU